GAUGUGCCUAUAAUCAGACAAACAACGAGGUAUAUUUUUAUACAUCACAGUGGUUGGAUGGGGAACACAUAUGGACAAGGUGGAGAUCAAGACACCUCCAGCCUCGCCACCACAACAAACGUUUGAAGCAUGUCGGCGCAGCAGCAACAGCAACAGCAGCAGCACCACCACCAACAGCAACAGCAAUCUGGAGGAGAGAGAAGAGAGGGAGGGGCUCGAGAUGGGGAACAAAAAGAUAAGAAGAGGAAGGAAUCCAUCCUUGAUCUCAGCAAGUACUUGGACAAAGCCAUCAGGGUUAAAUUCUCUGGAGGGCGAGAGGCCUCAGGAAUUCUGAAGGGUUUUGACCAGCUGCUGAACCUAGUGCUGGACAACACCAUAGAGUACCUCAGAGAUCCUGACGAUCCCUACAAGCUGACCGAGGACACUAAGGAGCGUGGUUUGGUGGUGUGUCGAGGCACAGCAGUGGUGCUGAUCUGCCCCAUGGAUGGCUGUGAGGCCAUUGCUAACCCUUUCAUUCAGCAGGACACAUAGUCGCUUGUCCAAUAAGUGAAGGGUGGAGGAUUAUUGAGAUGUGCAAGGUCUCAUAUCACAAAGUGUGUGGCUGUCAUACAGUUGUAAGGAAACUAUUCAAUUGGUUUUGAUUUAGCAUGUUUUCUUGGUUAUUGAACACAUUAAGUUGUGUUUAUUUUCAGUCAGAAAUGUUUUUUUUUUUUAUGUCAGUUGAUAUACAAGAUGAUUUCAAGUAUGACAUGAUGUAAUGAAUUUGACUAUUACUGUGUUCUGAUGUGGUGAUCUUGUAUGAAAAUUAAGAAUUCCAGACAGCAGAUA